CCAACCAUGUUUUCCCUGUCAGAAAUGUCCUCAGCCAUGUCCAAUCUGUUAUCGGCCUGCGCCUCAUUGGCUGGUUCGCUGGUGCUGAUUCGUACCUUGGCCAAAGAAAUCCCGGACCCUGUUUGGUCUUACCUCGAUUCAGGCAUUCGCUACCUCUUCACACCAAACUCAAAUCAACAAACCAUCGUCAUCGACCAGCAUUGCUGCGGAUUCUCCUUCUCCCCCAACCAAAUCUAUGAUGCCGCCGAGAUAUACCUCCGCGACAAGAUCAGCCCCUCCACCAAACGAUUCAAAGUCACCCAGCCACCCAAACAGAAGAAUCUCAACGUCGCUAUCGAAAAGUCACAAGAAUUGUUCGACAAGUACGAAAACAUCAAUCUCAAAUGGAGAUUGGUCACGGUCGACUCCCAAUCCCAAUUACUCGUUGGUCAACCCGCUGUUGAAAAGCGAUCCUUGGAGCUCCGUUUCCACAAGAAGUUCAAAGAUAGAGUACUCGACGACUACUUGCCUUCCGUUUUGAAAAAAAGCAAGGAAAUCAAGGACGGGAAUAAGGUAGUGAAACUUUAUACCCCGAGCGGCGGUCAAGUUCCUGGUCUCGGAGGAGGAGCUUGGGGAUCGAUCAUUCUGGACCAUCCGGCGACGUUCGAUACGUUGGCAAUGGAACAGGAGAUGAAGAAAAUGAUAGUAGAUGAUUUGGACAGGUUCGUGAAGAGGGAAAAGUAUUAUAAGAAGGCAGGGAGGGCAUGGAAGAGAGGGUACUUGUUGUACGGACCGCCGGGUACAGGAAAGUCGAGCUUGAUUGCGGCUAUGGCGAACCAUCUCAAGUUUGAUGUGUAUGAUUUGGAUCUGACGAUUCUGCGCUCCAAUUCCACACUGAAGAGCAUGCUGAUGUCGACGACCAACCGGUCCAUAAUUGUGAUUGAGGAUAUAGAUUGCAAUGUGGAGAUGCAAGAUCGCAAGAUUCCCCGGUAUGGGAUGGAUCCUGUUGACAAAGAGUUGACACUGUCAGGUUUAUUAAACUUAAUAGAUGGGCUGUUGUCCAGCUGCGGCGAAGAGCGGAUCAUUGUGUUCACCACCAACCACAAGGACGUGCUCGACCCUGCUCUAUUGCGGCCUGGUCGCAUGGAUAUGCACAUUGAGAUGUCAUAUUGUACUUUUCAAGGAUUUAAGCAAUUGGCCUCCAAUUACCUUGACAUCAAAGGUGAUCACGGGCUCUUUGGCGAGAUAGAGGGCCUCAUAGAGAAUGUAAAGGUCACCCCAGCUGAAGUUGCUGGAGAACUAAUGAAGAUUGAGGAUCCCAAUAAUGCUCUUGAUGGAGUUGUCAAAUUCCUCAAGCGUAAGCAUAUGGAAGUCAUGGAAAGCAAAAUCAGUAAUGUUGAAGCUCCUGAAGCAAAAAGGAUGAAAGUUGAUGGGAGUGAAAAGAAAUCGCCGACAACAGGCAGAAAAAGGGGCGUUAAAGUCAGAAGUCGCAAGCGGUGAACUAAAAAAUAUAUAUGUAUUUGUUAGUAUUGCUUGGUAGAAUAAUUAAAAUUCGAAUCAUAAAGUGUUGAAGUCUGGGUUUGAGUUUGUGCGGUUUCUUUAAGCCUUUUAUAAAGAGUGAAUUACUGAAUUGUAUUGUAUAAGUAGGAAGGGACCUGGGCAGCGGCACGCAUGUAUCUGUGUUUAAAUGUUUUUUUGAUUGGUAGAAUAAUAAAAUUGCAUUUUACGAUAUUUUUGUGUUUGUGGGAUAGGCAAUAUCAGAUGAAGUAGAAGAUGGGAAGAAUGAAAUUGAUCCAAUAUU